AUGGAUAUUAGUAUCGAUGACAUUCUGGCUGAACUUGACAGGGACACCACUGCUGUGGAUCAUUCUGAUCCAAGCUCUCAUCUGCCAAUUCCCAGUGAUGGAAACACAACGAUGAUGAACUCAUCAUUUGAUCCCAGUCGAAUGCCCGGUGGGAAAAACAGGCUGCAUGAAGAUGUCACACCUCAGAAGGACUAUUCUCGAUUGAUGACGCUUUGGAGAAACGAAAGAUGUGCACCAGAACUGCUACCGUACCCAUCACUGCUGUUAAGUCGAAUGUUGCGACGUGUGCAGGAACAGAUGGAAAAUAUUGAGAAUAUAUCAAUGGGAUUCUACAAGAACACUAUUUCUGGCGAUCUUAAAAAUAGUGGAGUAAGUUAUGACAAGACUAAUGAAAAGUUGCCUCUGCUAUAUAUGGAGGCAGAACUAGAAAGAGUCAAAUUCCUACUGAGGAGUUAUCUCAGAUGUCGACUGAGUAAGAUUGACAAGUUUAUGCUUUAUCUCAAGCAGCUAGAUUAUGAUGAGACCAAUGUUACGCCUUUAAAUGAACUACUUUCUGAGCAAGAACAGGUAUAUCAUAGUAGACAUUUCGCAAUUUCAUUGAAAUUAUUAAACAGCUCCAUCCUCAAGCACAUGCCACCAGAAUUGCAGGCGAUAAAUGAUACAGAAGGUAGUGUGAGUAUGAUCGACGAGCCAGAAUGGAACAAAUUCGUCUUUAUACAUGUAAAAGAACCCUCAGAUCAUGCGAAUGAAGAUCCGCUCUUGGAAAAGAACGAGUUUGGCAAACUCUGCUACACAGUCACAAUUCAUGAGCUUAACGAAGAUGUUGAGCUUAACAUUGGUGGCAUCUACGUUAUGCGUUACGGAGUCAUCAAGGAUCUGCUACGAAAUGAUAAAGUCGAGUUGAUAUGA